GUCGGCAUAUCCCUCUACCUACUCGAUUUCGUACUUUUCGUUCUGCCGACAGACGCGUUGUUCCGUACAGUUCGAUUUGGGCAUCACAAGAGCAAGCUCGAAGCAAAUAUUACCUAGUGUUACACUUGUUAAAUAGUUUCAACAAAAAACACAAAUUAAAAUGGCCGAUAAACCAAAACGCCCACUCUCCGCCUACAUGCUGUGGCUCAACAGUGCCCGCGAGUCGAUCAAGCGGGAGAAUCCCGGCAUCAAGGUCACUGAAGUGGCCAAGCGCGGUGGUGAAUUAUGGAGGGCAAUGAAGGAUAAGUCGGAGUGGGAGGCAAAGGCUGCCAAGGCCAAGGAUGACUACGAUAGGGCCGUCAAGGAGUUUGAGGCUAAUGGUGGUGGUGGCGGUGCUGCCAAUGGUGGAGCCAAAAAGCGCGCGAAACCAGCGAAAAAGGCGUCGAAGAAGAGCAAGAAAGAUGAGUCAGAUGAAGACGAGGAUGAUGAGAGCGAGUAGACUGCUCAUACUUACCCUUAUCCAUCACCAAGUCACACACACACCACACACAACAAGCCAGAAUCCACAAGAAAACAAAAACACUGGUGGCAACACCGCAUCCCAACAUCAACAUCCACAAAUUAUCCCUUAAAUAGUUUAGAAAGCCAAGCCCGAUCGAUCUGUCAUCGUAUCAAAACGCAGCACAGCGGCAACAAGCGAGAACUGUUAAGGCUGCAACUGCAACUAAAAACGCAAGAGAGGAGAACAAAAAUACGUGAAAAUAAGCAAAAAUUGUAUUUAUACAUAUGAAUUUAAGUUUAUAGUAGUCGUUUCUUUUAUAAUACCCAUAUACAAAGAAGGAGACAACCAACAGGAAAGGAGAAGAAAGUCAGAGAAGGAGAAGAAUGUACGUUAAGGUGUUUUUUUUCGUUUCUGCCGACGUUUCAGGCGUUUAAGAAAUUCGAGAGAAAAAUCUAUCUUGCAUAUAAAUUUUGUAAAGUAAACGAUAAAAUAAUUCCAUUAAAAAUAAAAAAAAAGAUACAAAAAAUGGCAAAUUGUUCUCUCAGUAGUUGGCUGAACUUGACUCGAUUAAGAUCUGUUGAUAACUUAAGGAUCGGGCUUGCUUAGAGGGAGAAAUGAAUGAUCCACUUCACAGACAAAGUACACAAAAUGAAAACAACAAACAAACAAACAAAACACCGCAAAUGAAACAAACGAAAUAACGCUCAGGUCUUUUCGUCAUUUUGCAUUAAACUUAAAUGUUUAACGUCUUGUUAGCUAAAGAUGUAUAGCAGAAGAGGAAUUCGGAAGGUAGAUGAGAUAAGCAGAUGUAAUUGCAUUUAAUCGGUAGUUUUAAUUGAUAACUAUACGUAUAAUUUAAUGAGAAAACAUACAAAAUAAAAUAAAUACAUUUUUUAAAUGCGUUGAAAA